CCCGCGUCCAGACCCGCACGGAGACGCACGACUCCGCACGACGUGAGCCAGGAUUCACCGGGGCCGGGGUUUCCUCACCGCCUCACGGAUCCGGUUUAUUCGAGCUGGGUGGAGUCAGAGCCGGACCUCCGAACCCGAACACCGCCGGUGCAUCCCAGGAGCAACAUGAAGGACGGCAUCGCCAACAACAGCACGGCCAGCAUCUCGCAAGCCCGGAAAGCAGUGGAGCAGCUGAAGAUGGAGGCCUGCAUGGACCGGAUAAAGGUGUCCAAAGCCGCCGCUGACCUGAUGGCGUACUGCGACGCCCACAUACGUGAGGACCCGCUCAUCGUUCCGGUUCCGGCGUCGGAGAACCCGUUCCGGGAGAAGAAGUUCUUCUGCACCAUCCUCUGAUGAUCCGCCACCGGCUGGGUCCGGGCGCCGCCGCGGCGCCGCUCCCCUGUCUUCACCACACCCGAGGCCUCGGUUUUCGGGGCGGAGUCUGAGGGGUCGUCCCUGUCCUGGUGGCGGCGGGGCUUUGGGGCGUCGACCCAGUGAGCGUAUCAUGUCUUGUUAAAUAGGUUUGUUAUUGCUUCGUUAUUAGAGAACAGCCUUGCUCAGUGCUUCAUGAGAUCAGAGAUGUUUUUCUGCGUUUUUUUAUCGUGUUAGAUCUUACGCCUCAGGAAACACACGUUCGCCGGCGACGUUAAACUUUUCCACCGUUAACGAAAACGCUUUCCACCAUUUUACCCUCGAUUCGACUUUUCCUGCAGGUUUGUAGCAGCGACAUCACUUUUACUUUAAUUAACGGCUCAUUAGAUUCUGAUUGGAGCAGAAACAUGUGUCACAUGACCCAACCUGCCCCAUUAAUAAAAAUAACAAUGAUAAUAA